UCUUCUUCUUCUUCUUCUCUUUCUAAUUGUCUUUUGAGUCUUGGUUUUGGUUGAGCGAUGGAGGAUGACAAUGGAGGCGUUGGCCAUGGCGAUGUCGUGGAUGUAUAUCCUCUGAAUCGCUACUACUUUGGCUCCAAAGAGGCGAUCUCCAAAAAGGAUGAUGAUGAUCUGGUUGAUCGGAUCCAUCGUUUAAAAGCCAAUUAUGAGGUGAAUGGGAUGAGGGUUUGCGUUGAAGGGGUUCUUCUGGUUGAAUUAUUGGGGCGCCCUCAUGUGCUGUUGUUGCAAGUGAAAAAUUCAUUUUUCCGACUUCCUGGUGGCCGUUUGAGGCCUGGUGAAUCAGUAGUUGAAGGAUUGAAACGCAAACUCUCAAACAAGUUAUCCCCCAUUGAGAGUACCACGAGCGACAACUGGCAAGUAGGAGAAUGCAUUGGAAUGUGGUGGAAGUCCAGUUUUGAUACAUUACCAUAUCCUUAUUUGCCCCGAAAUGGUUGUAGGCCAAAGGAGUGUAUAAAGCUCUUUCUGGUUAGGCUGCCAAUCAGCCGCAAGUUUUUUGUGCCGAAACAUAUGAAACUGCUGGCUGUGCCAUUAUUCCAGAUUCAUGACAAUUGCCAGACAUAUGGCCCAGUCAUUUCUGGAAUCCCCCAAAUGAUAUCGAAAUUCUCCCUCAACAUAAUUCAAGGAUGACACAACUCUUACUCCCAUCAUGUUUUUGUAUACAUUUUAUUAGUUACCCUUAUAUCAAAUUCAAGAUGGACAACAAUAGUUAAAAAGAUACCCUCCAUUUCUGUUUUACAUGUAUUUUGCACUGGCACUAGAUAAUAAGACUAUAAUUACAAGGCUUGAUGUAAAACUAUUAAUUUGAAUGCUCUCUAUGUCUUUCUGAGCUCAAACCAGCAUAACAAAAGUUAUCUAGGAAACA